AUGAAGUCUUUGGCAGCAAUCUUGUUUUUGGCCGCUUCGGUCACUGCCCACUCGACAUGGCAACAGAUUUGGAUUAACGGUGUCGAUGGUGGUACAUCUUGCCUUCGACGAGCUGCCAACAACAACCCCAUUAGCGUGAACCAGCCUCAAAUGGCCUGCAACCAAGCCACCAACAGUCCCAACAUCUGUACCAUCAAGCCCGGCGACAGGGUUACCGUCGAGAUGCACGCCCAACACAACGACAGGUCCUGCAGAAACGAGGCUCUCGGUGGCAACCACCACGGCCCCAUCUCCAUCUACAUGGCUGCUGUCAGCGACGCCAGAACCGCCGAUGGUGCUGCUGCUGGCUGGUUCAAGAUCCACGAGAUGGGUAUGGUCUCCAACAACCCUGUCUACUGGGCUGACCAGGUCCUCAACGACAACUGCGGUCACUACACCUUCACCAUCCCGGACAUCGCUCCUGGAAACUACCUCCUCCGUGCUGAGGCUUUGGCUCUCCACACUGCUGGUAGCCCUGGUGGUGCUCAAUUCUACCCUGGAUGCUUCCAAGUCAACGUCAUCGGCAACGGAACUGCCCGACCCCCCACCGUCAGGCUCCCAGGUGCCAUCUCCGCCAACGACCCCGGUGUCUUGAUCAACAUCCACCAGCAGUUGUCCACCUACAUCAUCCCCGGCCCAAGGCCCUACGGCUACACCGCUCCUCCCAUUGCCAACACCCCUUACCCAAGGACCGCCACCUGGAACACCGCCAACCAACCCUCAACUGUCCCUACCGUCGUGCCUCCGGUCAACGUUGAGCCCAACCCUCAGCCUCCCGUCGUGACCCAGCCCCCCGUCGUCACUCAACCCCCUGUCGUCCAACCACCCCCGCCUAACACCCAACCCGGCGGACCUAUGCAGACUCAAUACGGCCAGUGCGGAGGCCAGGGAUGGACCGGACCUACUCAAUGCCAGCCUCCUUAUACUUGCAACGUUUCUAACCAAUGGUACCACCAGUGCCUCUAA